UUUUUUCCUCAUAGAAACAUUCUCUUUCUUCUUCUUGAUCUUCAUUUUUCUUUUUCUGUAUGGGUUGUCGAGAUAUUCUGUUGACUUUCUCCGUCGCUCUCUUACUCAUCUCUCUCUUCCAGAUCUGGCUUUUUCGGGAAGGACGACAAGUUCCGGAACUAUCGGACGACCAACUAGGAAAAGGCGGAAACACCCUCAUGACCUCCAAGAACAAGAAGGACGGAGAUGUUCAACGACUCUUCCAAAGGUAUUUCAAGGGAAGAUCGUUUGGUUUAAACAACACCAAUCCUCGCUUUGAAGAUUCCAAUAGAAGGAUACCUAGUUCCCCGGAUCGCCUUCACAACUAGUUAGUUCUUGUCUUUAGCUUUUAUAUAUUCUUCUUUUAUUUUCUUCCAUCUUCUUUUGAACUCUUACCUCAUUCUGUUAGUAUGUAUUAUUUCUUAAAAUUGCUAUCUAGAUAAGAUGGUAAGAAACGAGAGUAUUUUGGUUAUUUUGUAUUGGAAUCAAAGAAAUGUGCAUACGGUAAAUGAAAUAAACUCCGUAACUUUUUUUUUUU